UGCUGGGCGGUAACGCGCAUGCCCGGAAGUGCGGCGGGAGUGGGACAGUGGAGGGGCCCGGCGUAGAGUGGGGGGCUGCGGGCGCGCGCCCCCAGGGCCGGGCGCCAUGCACUCCCUCGUCUUCCUCUGCGCCCGCCGGCUGGUGAGUCACCGCCCCGGCGCCCGCCGCGCCAUGGACCUUCUCCCCGCCGAGCUCUACCCCGUCCUCUUCCAAGCCGCGUUCCUGGACGGACGGACGUUGGCGUUGCGGGAUUUGGUGGGAUCGUGGCCCUUCCCUGUCCUCAGCUUUCGGCGCUUGCUGGCUCACCGUAACCGUCGUUCGCUCUUUGGGGAAAAAUCCAGCAAAUUAUGUAUCCAGGCCGUUAUCUUGGCCGUCGUGGCGCAUCUCCGCCGGGCGCUGGAGGAGUCCUGCCGCGGGACGAGCGAGAGCCGGUGCCGCCUGCGGGUGCUGGAUAUGACGGGUCUCCAGGACGGUGACACCGACCGCGGCCCGGAGGGGAUGAGUCUUUGGUCCGGCACGGUGGCGUUGGCCAAAGCCUGCAUCGAGGUCUCCAAACACCAAAACGAAUGUUUGAAACGCGGCUCCAAACGGCGCAAAGGUCCAUCUGGCGUUUCGGCAGCACCGCGACCCGUCGGCGUGGAGGUCCGCGCCGAUCUCUUCGUCAACGGCACGUCCUUCAGCGUCCUUCGCGACGCCCUGCAGAUCGCCGCCGCCGCCGGUCCCCUGCGCCUCAAAUGCCGGGAUUUCCACGCCGAGGAGCUUUCCGCCGCUGGCACCGUGAGUUUGCUGGAAUCGCUGGAACCCGCCGGCGUGCGGCGCGUUGAUCUGCGCUUCAACAACCUGGGGCUGGCCGGUCUCUGCGCGGUUUUGCCGCACCUCACCAGAUUCCCCGAUCUCCUCAGCCUGAAGCUGCCCUACAGCAACGUCGACGUGCGGCGGCUCACCGCGGGGACCGACGCCGGCAUCCGGCGCCUCGCCGCGCAGCUGGGGAGGCUGCCGUGCCUCAAGGAGCUCAACUUGGGUUCCUCCAGGCUUUCGGGGAAACUGAGGCAGCUUCUCGGCGACCUGGAGACUCCCCUGGAAAGCCUGGAGCUGGCGUUCUGCUACCUCCUUCCCGGCGACGUCACCUUCCUCUCCCAAAGCCUCCACGCUCCGGUGCUGAAGAAGUUGGACCUGAGCGGCCACGAUUUUUCCGAGAAUCUUCUCCAACCUCUUCGGCAUCUCCUGGAGGAAACCGCGGCCUCUCUCCUCCACCUGGACCUCAUGGAGUGCCGGCUGACGGACGCCCGGUUGGAGGUUCUGCUGCCGGCGCUUUGCCGUUGCUCUCGCCUCCGUUGCCUGGGACUUUUUGGCAAUCCCGUUUCCACGCCGGGACUCAAGACUUUGUUACGGAAAACCGCCGUUCUCCCGGAUUUACAUCUGGUGGUUUAUCCGUACCCCGUGGAUUGUUACAGCCGGGAGCCGACCUGGCCGCCCUCCGCCUCCAGCCGCCUCUUCGAGGACGCGGUGGAUGAGGAACGUUUUGCCGCGGUGAGCGCCGAGCUGCGCCGGAUGCUGGUGAGCUCUGGCAGAGCCGACGCCGUCUGGACCACCAGCCUUUGCCGGCACGGUGCCCUCGACUACUUCGCCUUGUAGCUCGGGCGAAACUCGGAGCCCUCGUCCCACCGACGGCACCCGGCGAACCGGUGUCGCCCAACCCCUCCUUCCUCCCCAAAUUCGGUGUUUCCUCCUCAUCCCGGUGCUUUUCUGUUACCUUCUCCCUUUUGUUGUCGCCGCGUCGCCAGCGUCAGCCCCAACCGGGGGCACCCGGUGCCACCGCUAACGCCCGGCGGUGCCACGCGUCACCGGGACAGCGUGCUGGCUGCGGGCGCAUCGGCAUCCAGGCUCUCCUUAAGCUGAUUAAUUAACGCUGGGAGACCGGUUAAUAAAUUACUGCCGAGGGAGCAGAGUCCCGGCAGAAACCA